CUCUGGGGGAAGGACACAGAGCCUUUUUCAUCCUAACUUUACAUCCACCCAGUCCUUACACACGGCUUUUCAGCCGGACUCUCAGUCCAAUAUUUUAAUCCAUCAGUCCACACAGUCAUCCCAAGGCAACAUCGUGUCAAACGAGUGCCGUUCUACUCAAGAAGGGUCUCGUAGAUGGACUGACGCUUUCUCCUCACCUCAUCCUCAGUCAUCUGCCAUGGAGGAAUUUCAAAGGAAGCUGAACCAGCGCUAUGAAGGCACCAAGCCCAGAAAGGUGAGGUUCAAGCUAGCCUCAUCCUACAGCGGUCGGGUGCUGAAACACGUGUAUGAGGACGGUCAGGAGCUGGAAAGUCCAGAGGAAAAAUACCCUCACAGCUUUAUCCACCGUAAAAUCCCACCCAGCCACCUUGAGAUGGAGCAGUUUUGCAGCUUUGAGGAGACUAAUAGGGACGAACAAGGUUUCUAUCCAACAACAGGACUCAUUGCCCAAAGAAUAAAUGUAUACCGAGGGCUGAGAAACUACAAGCCUGCAGGUGGUCAGACUGUGGAAACAGAGGGUGACAGCAAGUCCUCAGUUUUGGAUUUUGGCAAAAUAAUCAUCUACACCAGCAAUCUCCGCAUCAUAAGAGCAUCACCAAAGAAGCAUGAAAUGAUGCGGCAGCAGUCCAUCCCUCCACCGGACUUGGAGGGAUGUCCAAAGGCCCAGGAUAGGGAAAGUCGGAAGAGGGCUAAAGCUCUUAAGGCACCGGAGGAAGUAGAAAAAGAGGAGAAUGGGAUUGAAAAUGAAGAUACCAAGGAGGCCGACAGCUGCCAGCAUUGUGGUGGUUCAGGCUGCGCUCCGUGCUCCCUGUGUCAUGGCAGCAAGCUGUCCAUGCUAGCGAACCGCUUCAAUGAGUCCAUCAGUGAUCUGCGUUGCCAAGCCUGCUACCCCGAUGGUCUGGAGAGGUGCCAGUCCUGCUCCAGUAAAUAGCACCAUUUGGCCAGUACCCAUGUCUGGCGAUGAGAGUGCAGCGCUGAGUGUGUGACCAAUGUGCUAUCGCCUUGUCAGAACUGCCUCAGCCGCAAUUCUGCUUUAAUCCCAAAAUGUUAUUGGUGGGAUGUUUCAGAGCUCUACAAGAAACCAUAAGCCAUGAGAAGACAAGGGAAUAAUGUCUGUUCUGCAGACACAAAAAUCAUAAAAUAACAAUUACUGUGUGUGCAGUGAAUGUUGCAUGAGAUAACACAAAAACAUAAUCCCUUUUUUUGUUGUCACUUUUUGGCAUCUGUGUGCCUGUUCUCUGUAAAACCUGGUUCAACAACCCUGUUAUAAUUUUAAUUAACAUGAAAAAUGUUGAUGUUAAAUGUUCUUUUUCCCAGUUUAUUAAUCAGAGAGGAUGUAACCUUUAUCAUGUCAAAAUGAUGUAUUCUUCAAAGCUAAUUACUGUUUAUAUUUGUUAAACUAGAGAAAACACAGAACACUGAAAAUAAGGAUGUUGUGUGAAAAAGUGAAAGUGUUAAAGAAAAAUAUUUUCUAUAUAAGGUAUUGUUGAGCAACCUCUUUUAAAAAAGAAAAUUCUCUAAUGCAUCAAGCUAACAGUACACAUGGCUCAUGUUCUAUGCUCAAAAUGUUGUUUUUCCACUACAAUGGCAUUAUUUCAUACAUGAACUGCAACAUGCCCAUUUACUGCACAUGCAAUUUUCUUUUGCUCAUGCAAUUUAGCACUCCUUAUUUGGAAUCUUUCUUGAUCACACUCUAAAACAAAAAUAUUCUCUGCACAUUUUUUUAAAAUUUAAUUUAUUUAUCAAAGUAUGUGAAGUGAAUGUUGUAUUAUGUCAAACAAAGCACAAUUUCUGAUAUGCAACCUUGCUAACAGUUAGAUUACUGGGUUAUUGGUAAACAAUAUCACUAAGAAUUUCACAAUGUACAACAUGUAAACAAUUGAAAGGGCAAGAAAAGGAAGAAACUGUAGUUGAUGUGGUGGUUGGAGACUGAUGGGCCCCAAAUCUAAUGCUGCGUUCAGUCCUCAAAAAGACUUGCGCCUCCUCUGAACAAGAAAUACAAUGAACCGGUUCAAGAGGAAUCUGCAUUGUUUUCUUCUUAUCAUGUUGAAGAUGGAAUGGGUAGAAAAUAGGAAAAAACUAACAUAUCUUCCAUGCUGUAACAUUUCUGUCUUGGAUUUGAGCCAGUUGACAAACAGUUUCAUAUAAGUGAAUUAUUGUAUAAAGUAUUGCUCCUUCACUAAACUCUAAGGAUUUUUAUCCAGCCAGUACCUUAUCAACAUUUAAUAAAGACUAAUUAUUGCUGGUAUCUAUUAACAGUGUUAACAGUAACACAAAUUCUGCACUGAGUAAUUUAUGUACUAGUAAUGAGUCUUGUAAAGAACAAAAUAUUCAAGCUGAUCAAACAGAACUGAUUUUAUAAACAUUCUUUCACAAGUGGGUGGAGCAAAAAAAGUCCAAACAUUAGAGAUACCACACAAUCAUUAAUAACAGAGCUAACAGGUUAACCAAACAAAUUCUGGCAUCAAAGAGGACAUUUGAUUUUCCUUGUUAUGGUCACCUUUCACUUAAAAAUCUUCACAACUUUAAAUGACUCUCCACCAGGUUCUUAAGGUGUUCUAUAUUAAUAACUGUACUAUAGGUAACUAAAAAAAGAACUAAAAUUCUGAUUUUUUUUUUAUUAACAGCUUGUAACUUUUAUUUACUGGUUGCAAUUUAUUUAGUCCCUUUUCACUCCAGACUUACAGGUAAGAAAUUUUCACAUUCAUCAAAACAUAUAUUCCAUUUUAAAUUAAGCAAUCCACUCUUACCACUAGCAAUUAAUACUCUGAGGUACAAUGACCAGUGAAACUUUUAAAAAUGUUUUCUACUCAUAAGAGCUGAUGCCUCUGAUGAAGCUUUCCACCCAUGUCCAAAGUGCAGUAUUAUGUUCUUACUCAUCAAACUUCAGCACGAUAAAGAACAUUUGUAUUAAAGACAUAAAUCAAUCUUCGUCAGUCAAUUUUGCUCAACUCUUUAUAUGUUAUUGGGAUUCUAAAAAUGGAAAAUAAUGUGGAUGUUCUCUGCUGUUGGUGUGAUAUUCUGGGAUGCAUACAGUAAGCAAUGCACAAUCCAUUAGAAAUGAUUGAAUCAGAGUCUUGCAGCUGUUUUCAGCCUCAUACUUUAGAAGUUAGAUUACUGUGGCUCAUUGGUGACAGAGCAAGUGGGUCGAGUUCUGCGUGGAUAAGCCUACCUGGAAGCAGCAGAAGCUUAUCAUUAAUGCAUGGUUUGUAUGCACCUGUGUUACUCUGACAUCAGAGAAUUUGGGGGCAGAUCAACCAAGGCUACAACCUAAUUACACCUACACAAAGCCUGCUGUCUUACAGCAAAGCCGAUUUAUUGAAAUGCACAAUAAUUACAGUGCAUUUUGGCUCUAGAACCCACUCUAAAUGCAACAACAAUGAAUUCGCUCAGCAGUUUUAACAGUAUACAUUCUCAGAUCAUGGACUAUGCUUAAGUCCCUUGCAUAUGCAGAUUGGUGGUCACUGCACUGCACAUAGCAAAGAGCUCCCAGCUGGGUAGAAAAAGACACACAUCUAAACUGCACAUAGACAGACAAAAGCAAAGUUUUUUUAGGCUGCAGUUCAAAUGCAUUGUCAUAAAGAACAGGAGUAGAGUGAGGAGGAAAAAGAAAAAGUAGCAGCUUAUAGAGUGCAUAACUUCCCAAUGGACUCCAGUUCCUGAAAGAUACACGGAGGCCUUAUUGCAAAUUGUGCAAAAUAACAAAGUCUGCUGUGAGUUUCAUCUGCACAGGAAACCCUCACGCUCUUAAUAUUCUGAUGAAAAUGCUGAUAGUCUUUCUCCAUUUUUGCUCUCACACUGAAAGUAGGUGUUACAAAUUCAAAGAAGCUUUUUGAUGUUCACGGAUUGGGCUUUAGUCUGUAUCAAAAUUAACACUGCUACAACACAACUUCAGUGCUCAUAAAUAUUCAGCCAUGUCCUCCAAAUUACUGACUGUUAGGUCUUUUACUUCCCAUGUCUUAUUAUGCUGCCUUUGAAGAAGAUUUGCCACCUUGGUAACCAAAUCCCUAAAACUGUGAGAUUUAGGACAGAUACAUUUUCAUCAUUGGCAAUAUUUUCAGAAGCAUUUAAAUAUAAUUAGGAGUUAGUUUUCUUACACACUUAAAUUACAAAUUGCCUAAAGAUAAUAAUAGGAUUACUGGCCAAUAAUUGCAACCAUUUUACAGAUCUCCAAUUUAUAUGCUGUUAAUUCAUGGAUUACUGCUUUUUAACUUCUUUCAGAGCUUAAUAUAAAACUUUUGAAAUCUUUACUAUUUCUUUUUAACAUAUAUGAUGCCUCUGUUAUGCCCUAGCAUCAUGAUCAAAUUUGCAUCACAGUGGAUUAUAAACAAUAAGCAAUAGGUCUCAGAUUUAUUGUUGAUCUUUAUACAUUUUAUUUUUUCAAUGAGUCUGAAAUGUCAGUUCCUUUCCAUAAUCUGUAUUCAGCAGUGAAAGAUGCAUCAUAAAGAUAAUAAAAAAAGUUUAAUGAUAAUCCUCGA